UGCUUUCCGAUGUCACGUGAUAGAUAAGCAAGUCAGUGUCGGAACCUUUAACGUAACCGACUUUGAGUAAAUACGGGACAGUCCUCAUGCAUACAGGUAGCUAAAUCUCAAGUGAUUUAGUGUCCAUGUUAGCAUCCGGAGGUCUUCAAGUAUCAUCACUGUUACAACUACAUAAAGUGAAAGGGGGUCUAUUGAAGACUUCGUGGAUAGACGUGAAGAAAAGCAAGAUAUUGGACACUUUAACUACAGUUGCAUAAUGCUUAGGGAGUAAUUUCAGUUCUUUUAACAAACAAGUGAAUUAACAGAAUAUUGUGGACGCUAUAUCGUUUUGAACUUGAAUACAUGUUUCUUGAUGAUUGUAUCAUCAUUGCUGAAAGGCCAGCAGCAUAAUCUGACAGAAUACCACAAUAACUCUUAUUGGGAUAAGGUUUCAUUUUCGAAGUUACCCAUGAAGGUUGUUACUGUACAAAGUGCCGUGGAGCGGCAUCCGUCGGAGACAAACUUCGACAUGUUCACGACCAACGACCAGCCGGAGCUGAAGUUAGAGGAACUCCAGAGCGUUUUGGUUUCGGACGAAAACGGACCAAUUCCCAUGGAGGCAGACCGGAAGUCGAGAUCAGCGAAAGAGGCCAUCUCUGGUGCUGUGGGAGGGAUUCGAGAUGAUUCCAGGAGGUUGUAUAAGUUUGUAAAAAAGCACAUUCAUUUGCGGAGAAAGGAAAAGUUCACCGCAGUGAAAAAUAUUCAUAUCGAACCGGAAUACGAUGAAACCACGUGGGCGCGAAGAUCCGCAAGCAGCGCCGCCUCGCGGUCAAGUGUUGAUUCAGCCUUAUCAACGGACAGUAACACGAGUAGCAUACGGGACAGUAGUUUGGAAAUAGUGCAUGACAUGGAGAAUGACUUUGGACUGGAAAUAAUUAACACGUGAAACAUGAUAAUAUCUGUUUUAACAACUGGUUACUUGGUGCUACAAGGACACAAACAAUUGGAGACAAAUUGAAAUGUAAAGAAUGCAGCUCCUUAUCUUUUUUCUCGUGAGCGAGGAAAAUGACGUCAUUGGUCUCGAUGACAGAGACUUAAUUAUUUAAAACAGAAGACUGAUUCGGUCAAAAACUUUCAGAAUAUGAAAGGAAAACCAGAAGUAACAUUAAUGAAUUUAACAUAAUAGUUCCAGUUUUUUUACCGGAAGUAGGAACUGAGUGUAGAAGUAUGUAAAAGAGUGCGGCAUGUCGACUACAGUGUGUUUCUUAAUUUAGUUGUUGUCGUUCCUUUCAAAUAUGUGGCAAGAGAAAAGAUCCUACUGUGUAUCCAGUCUUUCUCCUGUAGCGCUACAUGUGUAAUGUGCGGGCGGGCACCAAACCAGCCAUUCACCACACUUGAUGUUGCUGCACUAGUUAGCGCGUCCCAGAGUUAUACCACAACUCUUGAAAGCUAGCUUGUAGGUCAGGUAGUUUUCUCCCCACAUCUGGUAAAAGGUUAUGCAAUAUCUUGAUUUCGAGAUUCCAAAUUAUGUUUUCAAACCAUGUGCCGAACUAAUGAAAAUUCGUUAUAUCUGCACUAUGAUCGUCAUGUAGUUCUAUACAGAAGGUUAUCUACAACAGGGAAACAACUCACGAUACAAUAUCAUGCAUUUUCAGAUCGAUUUGAAAUGAAAUGGAAAACAAGGAAAGUAUAAAAUUGAUAAUUAUUUAAAUUGAUAAAUAGUUUUAAUCAUAAAGAGAUACAAGGGAGAUAAUUACAGCAUAGCGGAGAAAGAGAGCGAGAGACCGAGCUUCUUAUCCUCAGUCAUAGUGAGCAUAUUUUAUAAUCAGACUCAAAUUCACUAGGUACACAAUUAUCAAUUAUGUUUGAAUGUUUUCUCCAUAAUACCUUAAUUUAUCUAUUAAUUGUGUAUGGAAUAGAUGUUACUGGUUUUAGUCAAUGACGCCAGUAAAACUGUCUUUCUUUCCAUCUUUAAUGUAUGACAAAAAAAAACUUCGUCUGCGGGGAAAGAUUUAUCAUUCCAAACCCAAGGCUUUCCAAGGGUUUGGUUCUCAUGAGGCUGUCCACGGAUGUUGGCAUUUUUGUCAUACCCGUAAUGUAGGGAAGGAUUCAUCUAAGACACCGCGUGCGCUUUAAGAAUUUCGUAAUAGAUAUGAAAUGCCAAAACUGCAUUAGAACCGGCCUAACAUGGCGACUCGGUGAAACGACAUUCUUACUUCGGUAACUGUCCAACUGAAAUAUAACAUCCUCUGGUUAAGUUUAAGUGACGAGUGACGUCAUUCAACUGUUUAAAUUCAUCAUCUCAUGAAAACUAGUACAUUAUAGGCUUAGAACAAGAUAAAGAUAGGGCAGAAAAAUAAUCAGGGUUUCGUAUAUUUUUACUGACAUGUUCAUUCAUCCAUGUCUCACGUCACACCUUGAGGAUAGCUUUGGUCUUUGGAUUUUUGUAACUUAUACUACGAUAGAAAGAGCUAAACAGGAAAUAGAAGUUUCAUACAUUUAUACAAUUUCUCAUGUUAAUUAUGGUAUCCGUUUUAAGUAUAUGUAUGGAUAAUGUGUAUGUGUUAACCGAUACAAAUGGACAAAUCGGAAAAAGAAGUUUGUUAUUGGUUUUUUGAAAGAAGGAAUAAUAGAACUGAGUGGGUCCAAAGACCAAAGUAUCAAUAUCCACGAUACAUUUAAUAUUGUUAAUAAACCCAAUUGCUCAUGACACUUAAUUUAUUACCAUAUACCACCGUUUGCUGUGAUUGGAAGUGUGGUGUCAUAUUCCCUAGAAAAAAACGUAUAUUUUUUAUUCAUAAUUCAAACGUGCAAUAACUUAUCAUUUAUUUCCAUUGUAAUUAUACUAGUGUUAAUUGUUUCUGUUUUAAUAUGUAUAUACUAUGUAUAUAUAGCAAACUGUGAUGUUUCAUAUAAUCUAUACUGCCGUGAUUUACGCUUAACAUUGUGAUUCAGAAAUUUAUAAGAGGAAGCGAGUUACCUCCCCUUUUUGUUUUGUUUAUUUUUCUCACGUUGUUCACGAUACACGGUUGUCCAAAGUAAAUCUAAAGAUCCACCUUCGUGUGACACCAUGAUCCGGAACAUGGACUUUUAUCAUCCGAUUUUAGUAUUAUUGUGCUUAACUUUUAUUUUUUUGUGUUUUUGUAGUCAAUAAAAAUUGUUGAGCAAAUAUUUUGCAAAUAAUCAAGCAUGUUACAAUUUUUAUUUUUAAACAAAAUUUGUAUUACCCUUGAUAUGAGAGAAUUUACAGUCAUUCUUAAUUAAGAAAUCUGCAUAGAUUAAUAUACUUUUUCAAAAACAUUGAAAUUGAUUAAUAUAAACUUACUUCUUAUCUGAAAUAUACGGCAUAUUUAUUUCUGCUUACGAUAAUAUUGCCAAUAAGAGAGUCUGUUUGCUCUAGAUAUCCUAUUUCAAAUGUAAAUAUGAGAGGCAAGGUAUUUUUUCUAUUUCCGUCAUUACAGGAAUAAAAAUGAACACUUCAAGCAUAAGUCAUUCAGGGAAAACCCAUGGUAUAUAAUAAAUUACAAUAUGCAUUGCCCUGGGAAGCUCCAACGUACACGUAGUACUUUAUACUUUUUAGACAUCAUAUUUUAUAUAAAAAAGCUAAAAUAUGAACUCUGUGUGCUGUAUCUGUCUUAAAAAGGAUUUUGGAAUAAAUAUCUGAUUGAGGGGUUUUUUUCAUUUACAAAUAUAUGAAGCAUUGUUUUCACGGCCUAAUGUUAUUUUUCUGAAAAUUUAGAGCAUGAAGAUUCUAAUUUUUGAAAAACAUAAUAAAGUAGCCACGUGUUUUUCCUGCUCCUUAUACACUGUUGUAAUGUUUUGAAUGAUAGUAAUGGAUAUUUAACACAUAAGUUAUUGAGGGAGGAGCUACAGUACUAUAAAAUCAUCAGUCAUUAUAGGGGCUUUUAUCUAUGCAAUUUCAUUAAUGUUGAAUACUAACGGCGAGUUAGCAACAUAUAGAUUUCUUUAUGUUUAAACAAUAUAUGUCGCUAUCAAACUGAUUUGUAUUAACGUAAUAAAUUCAUUAACCACUAUGUUAUUUGAAACAUUGAAAAUUGAGGACAUUUAAUCGGAUAUCUAAGCAGUGAAGUAAUUAACGACACUAUUUUAUUAAAAUAUCUGAAAUUCAAUUAAAAACAAUUGCUUCUUGUUUGACACUUUACAAUGUACAUCGUACGAGGUCCACCUAGGAGGAAGCAACAAGCUUUACUCAAGAGAGCGCUGAGUAUCCGGCUUCUCAAGCUGAUAUUGAAAAGUUUUUGCCAAAUACGUCAUUUUUUCAGCGAUUUCGGUUUCUUAUCUACUUGUAUUGGUUAAGAGGAUAGCAAAAUGUAUGAAUAAAUCUGCAACAUAUUUGAUUAUACUAUGAAUAAACAA